AUGUCGUUCUUCGCAAAGGCAGCAAAACAGUCAUUGAGACUCAACCAAAGAUUGGCUUUUACCGCUCGUCCAAGUUUAUUCAGAAUGGCUUUAUCCAGCAAGGUCACCCCUGUCAGCUCUACCAGAGCUCCUCCAGCUGCCGCUUCCUACUCUCAUGCCAUUAAGGCCAAUGGAUUCGUCUUUGUUUCCGGCCAAAUUCCAUUCACAGUUGAUGGAAAGCCAGUUAAUGGUGAUUUCAAGGCUAAAUCUGAACAGGUUAUCCAGAAUGUCUUAGGAAUUGUCGAGGACUCCAAUUCAUCUCUUGAGAAUAUCAUCAAGUGCAACAUUUACCUCAGCGACAUCUCCAAGUUUGGUGAGUUCAACGAGGUGUACGCUAAGUACUUCAACACUCACAAACCAGCCAGAUCUUGUGUUGCUGUCAAGGAGUUGCCAUUGGGUGUUCCAUUAGAGAUGGAAGUUGUUGCUCUCGAGAAGAACUAA